AUGAGAUACCUCAUCCCAAUUCUAGCCCUCACGGCCACCUGCACGUCGCUCUCCGCCAAAUCCAAGCGAUGGGAACAAUGCGACGUUCAGGGCGAAGAGGGACACUGCAUGCCCCCGGCUGAAUGUAAGGCUUGGAACGGAGUUCCCGUAGCCGGUGGAUUCUGCCAUCACUCCCCACACGGCUGGCAAUGCUGCACCGCCGAACUGCCUCCAGUCGAACCCAGCUUUACCGAAGCUGAUGACGACGAUCUUGCCAAGCGCGCUCCGCGUAGCUGCUCAGCUUACGGCGUACCAGGAACUUGCAUCAAGAAAUCGGCAUGUAGGGGCACCGCAACGCCUGGCGCAGGGACGCCUGAUGACCCCUGGACUUGUCCCAGGGACCCGAACGACGUGAUGUGCUGUACGGAGAAGCCACCCACACGACCGCCGGGAAAGAAGUGUAACGCCCGUGGCGUCCCUGGCGUGUGCAUCAAGAAGUCCGCCUGCAGCGGCGUUGCAACGCCCGGCGCUGGCACCCCUGAGGACCCCUGGACAUGCCCCAAAGACCCCACCGACGUGAUGUGCUGUACCGAUAGAGCUCCCCCUCCCCCUCCCCCUCCAGGCUCAGGGGGGAAGAAGUGCAACGCCCGCGGCGUGCCAGGCGUCUGCGUCAAGAAAUCCGCCUGCAGGGGCUUCGCUACACCAGGCGCGGGAACACCAAAUGAUCCCUGGACUUGCCCUAAGGACCCUAACGAUGUGAUGUGCUGCACGGAGAAGCAGCCGCCUCCACCUCCGGCGGCUGCCCCCGUCAAGAUCCCCGAGCACAAGUGCAAGAGACAUGUUAUCGAUGCCGGGUACAAGAUCAUCAAUGCCAAUCCGGGCAAAGUCAAAUCCGUCGGCUGUUAUGGGCAGCGCUCGGGCAAGUCUGAGCAUCCUCUUGGCCUGGCACUGGAUCUCAUGACUGGUGCGCACUCUCCCAACGGCCAGCCACUCGGCGAAUGGGUUAUGAACCACGCUGGCGAGCUCAGGGUUACGUACGUCAUCUGGGGACAGAAGAUCUGGGAGUCUGGCGAGCGGGUUAGACCGUGGGCCCAAUGGAAGCAGAUGGAAGAUAGAGGCGGGGUCACUGCUAAUCACUGGUAA